CCUCGGCUCCUCUUUCACCUCCUCCAGCUGAAUGUCAUUCUUCCUUCUAUUUCCAGCUCCCCCGGCAUUCUCCCCUGCGGGGUGUCAUGUGCCCCGUGCCUCCUCCCUGCAGCUGUUCCCUUCUCCUGAUCUGAGGACUGAUAACAGAUGUCAGAGGCUGCGCCCUGCACAACAAGCCCCUCCCACUGGCAGGAUGACAUCACACAGGUGUAUCAGGCCAGGUAAGCACAGGUACUUCACACUCAGCGCAGAGAGAAGCCGACUAUCAUUAUCUCUCACUGGUCUCCCCCACCAGGCGAUCGAUCGCCCAUCAUUAUCGGUCCUCACCGAUCGGUCGCAGGACUGACGCCGCGUCUCUCCGCUCUCAGAAGAAGAAAACUUCAACGUGACACAACAAGAGACGGCACCGCCACCAUCUACCGGAUCACUGAAUAUAGACUAACCUUCCACCGCGACCAUCUACCGGAUCACUGGAUAUAGACUAACCUUCCACCGCGACCAUCUACCGGAUCACUGGAUAUAGACUAACCUUCCACCGCGACCAUCUACCGGAUCACUGGAGAUAGACUAACCUUCCACCGCCACCAUCUACCGGAUCACUGGAGAUAGACUAACCUUCCACCGCGACCAUCUACCGGAUCACUGGAGAUAGACUAACCUUCCACCGCCACCAUCUACCGGAUCACUGGAGAUAGACUAACCUUCCACCGCCACCAUCUACCGGAUCACUGGAGAUAGACUAACCUUCCACCGCCACCAUCUACCGGAUCACUGGAGAUAGACUAACCUUCCACCGCCACCAUCUACCGGAUCACUGGAGAUAGACUAACCUUCCACCGCCACCAUCUACCGGAUCACUGGAGAUAGACUAACCUUCCACCGCCACCAUCUACCGGAUCACCGCAAGGAGUCUCCAAGCAAUAUACAAUAUAAAGACUCAACAGGAAAUCAUCUUCACAAUACAAGAUACCCCUUCUACCCUACAUUCUAUACCCCUUCUACCCUACAGUCCAUUCCUCUUCUACCCUACAGUCCAUACCCCUUCUACCAUACAGUCCAUACCCCUUCUACCCUACAGUCCAUUCCCCUUCUACCCUACAGUCCAUUCCCCUUCUACCCUACAGUCCAUACCCCUUCUACCAUACAGUCCAUACCCCUCCUACCCUACAGUCCAUUCCCCUUCUACCAUACAGUCCAUACCCCUCCUACCCUACAGUCUAUACCCCUCCUACCCUACAGUCUAUACCCCUCCUACCCUACAGUCUAUACCCCUCCUACCCUACAGUCUAUAGCUCUACUACCCUUCAGUCUUUAGCCCUCCUACCCUACAGUUUAUAGCCCUUCUACCCUACAGUCUAUAGCCCUUCUACCCUACAGUCCAUACCCCUUUUACCCUACAGUCCAUACCCCUUCUACCCUACAGUCCAUACCCCUUCUACCCUACAGUCCAUACCCCUUCUACCCUACAGUCCAUACCCCUUCUACCCUACAAUCCAUACCCCUUCUACCCUACAAUCUAUAGCCCUUCUACCCUACCGUCCAUACCCCUUCUACCCUACAGUUUAUAGCCAUUCUACCCUACAGUCCAUACCCCUUCUACCCUACAUUCUAUACCCCUUCUACCCUACAGUCCAUUCCUCUUCUACCCUACAGUCCAUACCCCUUCUACCAUACAGUCCAUACCCCUUCUACCCUACAGUCCAUUCCCCUUCUACCCUACAGUCCAUUCCCCUUCUACCCUACAGUCCAUACCCCUUCUACCAUACAGUCCAUACCCCUCCUACCCUACAGUCCAUUCCCCUUCUACCAUACAGUCCAUACCCCUCCUACCCUACAGUCUAUACCCCUCCUACCCUACAGUCUAUACCCCUCCUACCCUACAGUCUAUAGCUCUACUACCCUUCAGUCUUUAGCCCUCCUACCCUACAGUUUAUAGCCCUUCUACCCUACAGUCUAUAGCCCUUCUACCCUACAGUCCAUACCCCUUUUACCCUACAGUCCAUACCCCUUCUACCCUACAGUCCAUACCCCUUCUACCCUACAGUCCAUACCCCUUCUACCCUACAGUCCAUACUCCUUCUACCCUACAAUCCAUACCCCUUCUACCCUACAAUCUAUAGCCCUUCUACCCUACCAUCCAUACCCCUUCUACCCUACAGUUUAUAGCCAUUCUACCCUACAGUCCAUACCCCUUCUACCCUACAAUCCUUAACCCUUCUACCCUACAAUCUAUAGCCCUUCUACCCUACAGUCCAUACCCCUUCUACUCUACAAUCCAUACCCCUUCUACCCGACAGUCCAUACCCCUUCUACCGUACAUUCUAUAGCACUUCUACACUACAUUCCAUAACCCUUCUACCCUACAAUCCAUACCCCUUCUACCCUACAGUCCAUACCCCUUCUACCCUACAUUCUAUAGCCCUUCUACCCUACAGUCCAUACCCCUCCUACCCUACAGUCCAUACCCCUUCUACCCUACAGUCCAUACCCCUCCUACCCUACAGUCCAUACCCCUUCUACCCUACAGUCUAUACCCCUCCUACCCUACAGUCUAUAGCCCUCCUACCCUACAGUCUACCUACAGACAGUUGAACUUUGUUGUUGAAAGGCUCCUCUGAGGCCUCGGGCACCAUAUUGAGCUCUCACCAUGUCACAGGAUAAUGAAAGUCCAUUAAGCAAACGGAGAUGUCUUGACCACCCUUGUGACAAUGUAAAUACAGAUGCUACAACAUCGACCUUGGCAUCCAGCCAAUCAGAGCAGCCUGGAACCUCCGAGACCCCCCAUACAUCUGAUUCUGGACCAUCACAGACACAAGGCGCUCAGCUGCCAGACACUGAGAUCGCGGUCCAGGUCACUGACCAGGGGCCUCGUGGACCGGCUCAUGACGGCUCUCAGACUGAAGACGGGUCAGUCUACCUUGAACACAUUUCCCACCGUGAGAGAAAUCUGACCAAGUUUAAUGGUGUCAAACACACCCAUACAUUCCGCUUCGUCAACCUGGACAGGAUACAGACGUUUGCAGAAGCUUUAUCAGCUGUGCAGUCCACUAUUCAGACUCUAUUAAAUGAAAGCAUGGUGGAAGUGGAGGCAGGGGACUUUAUCCAGCUGGGGCUCGAUGGUGGGGAAACACUGCAUGUGGUCUUCUCAAAGAAGCAGGCCAAGGAGCUCUUCAACGCCGAAACUUUUCUGGAAAACAUCGCCAACGCGCUUCAGAGUAAUGCCGAGUGUCUCUCCAACAACUGCCUGAAACUGACGGUGAUGGUGUUCAGGAACAAGCGCGGCGGUGCGAGGAAACCUUUGAAGUCAAUUCCUUACAGUGAGAUAAUCACAGAGAAGAAACGAUGGCUCUACAACUUUGAUGACCCAACCUCGAAGAUGUGCCUCGCGGCCAGUCUGUACGCACUUAUGGACCUCCCCAAUGAAAUUGGUAUAUUAGAACAAGCUAAACGAUUACACAGAGAUUUGGGGAUACCGGAGGAUCAGAUGGUGUCAUUCAGUCACAUUGAGAAGUUUGAAGAGUACCUUAAUGUCACGAUUAAAGUAGUAUAUAAGAGUCAGGACCGCUGGCAGUUUUAUGAGACGAGAUCACAUUCCCAGGAGAAGACUUUCUACAUUUUACACCACAACGAUCAUUAUUAUGGAAUAAAGAAUGUGAAGAGUUUUCUUGGAGAACCGUACUUCUGUGAGAGGUGUAACUCGGUCUACCACCGCAAGAAUGCUCAUAGCUGCCCAUACUGCUGUAGGGCCUGUCGGAGAGAUGACUGUGUGGAGGUAAAGGGCCCAACGCUGAGGUGCCAGCGGUGCCGCGUCUUCUGCCGCUCAGAGAAGUGCUUAGAGGAGCACGGUCGUCUGGCCACUGCCGAUGGCUCAAUGUGCGUAGAGAAAUCUUACUGUAAGAAGUGCCACCGUUUUGUGACCAACAUCAAAGAACACGAAUGCAACGGCCUGCGUUGUGACGUGUGUGGUGCACGCAUUGACGACACCAAGAAACACCUUUGUUACAUGCAGCCAUACAAACCACCAGAAGAGACUACCAAAUACAUCAUCUAUGACUUUGAGUGCAUGCAAGAGACGGGGACGCAUAUUCCCAAUUACAUCUACGCCAAAGGACUGUCUGACCCCAGCGACUGGGAGUUCCGAGGUGCGACGUGUGUGCAAGACUUUGUCAAAUGUUUUAUCAAGACUAAAUUUAAAGAUUAUACAUUCAUUGCACACAAUGCCGGGAGGUACGACUCUUAUUUUAUCCUUUCACAGCUAAUAAAGGAGAAGAUGAAGGUCCAGGUGGUGAACCAAGGGGGGCGACUGCUGGGUGUGACUUUACCGGAUUUAAACAUUCGAUUUAUAGACUCUCUAAACUUCCUGCCCAUGAAACUCAGCAAGUUACCCCAAGCCAUGGGCUUUUCAGGAUCCAAAGGUUUUUUUCCACACUUCUUUAAUACUGAAUCGAACCAAAACUAUGUUGGUGCCAUGCCAGGCCUGGAGCAUUAUGGGAUGGACAACAUGAUGCCCGGCGAGAAAGCAGAACUGUCGGCGUGGUACGAGGAGCACAAGCAGGACAGGUUUCAUUUCCAGGAAGAGCUGAAGGCCUAUUGUAAGAAGGAUGUGGACGUUCUGAGAGAGGCCUGCCAGAUGUACAGAGACGCCAUCAUAGAAAUGACCAAAAAGGAAGUCAAAGUAAACCGCCGGAGAAAAGGCAAAAAAAGUGAAGAGGUGUCGGAGACUCGAGCAAUUGACCCCUUUCAGCGCCUGACGCUGGCCUCGGUCUGCAUGGCCAUGUACCAGUUUACAUCUCUCCCACCAGACACCAUCGCCAUUCUACCAGCAGACAAUUAUCAGAAGACGCAGAAACGAUUUUCCACGCCGUCUAUCCAGUGGCUGAUGUACGUAGAGCACACAGAGAAGAUUUACAUACGGCACGCUUUAAAGGGAGGUGAAAAGAACGUUGGGAAGUACUUCUUGGAUGGCCAUGCUUUUGUUAAAGGCAGGGACAUAGCAUUCGAGUUUCUGGGUUGUUUUUACCACGGCUGUCCUGAUUGCUACAAGAGGGACGAUCUCAAUGAGGGCACCAAAUUCACAUACGACCAACGGUACCACCGAUUCCUGGAUAAAAAGUCCUUCCUAGAAGGACUCGACUACGUGGUCCGUAUACUGUGGGAACAUGAAUGGAAUGAGAUGUUAAAAAAAGAUAAAUCGCUUCAGAAAUUUCUUCUAGAAAAGGAGCUCCCGGAGCCCCUGGACCCCCGCGAUGCUCUUUAUGGUGGAAGAACGAACGCUAUCAAGUUCUAUCACAAAGCAGAAGAAGAUGAGACAAUAAAAUACUACGAUUUCACAAGUCUUUACCCCUUCAUCAAUAAAACCAAAGCCUACCCCAAGGGUCACCCUAAAAUCAUUUAUAAAGAUUUUGGCUCCAUUGAGCAAUAUUUUGGUAUCGCAAAAGUGAAAGUCAAUCCACCGAGGAGAUUGUUUUUUCCGGUCUUGCCGGUUAAACUGAACAACAAACUGCUGUUUCCUCUUUGUUACACAUGUGCCUCAGAUUCCCAGCCAGAGCCGUGCACCCACAGCGAUGAGGAGCGCUCUCUGACCGGGACUUGGUGCACCGUGGAGCUGAAGUUAGCGGUAGAGAAGGGAUACAAGAUCGUCCAAAUCUACGAAGUCUGGCAUUUCCCAGACACCACAGAGGACCUCUUCGCACCUUACGUCAAACAACAUCUCCGGUACAAACAGGAGGCUUCGGGAUAUCCCAGCGGGUGUACGGAUGAUGCCAAGAAGAAGGAAUUCAUUGACUCCUUCUAUAAAAGAGAGGAUGUUCAGCUAUGUGCUGAGGACAUUAAAGUGAAUCCAUCCAAGAGACAAAUUUCCAAACUCUUCCUCAACUCCUUGUGGGGUAAAUUUGGGCAGAGAACCGACUUACCACACACCAGCAUCGUCACAGACCCUGAUGAACAUUUCAGGCUCAUGUUUUCCCCCUGCGUCGAGAUUUCUGAGGUAAAUAUCAUAAAUGAUGAGACGACAAUUGUCAACUGGAAACACGCCAAAGGCCACCACAAGGCCAACAAAAACACCAACAUCUUCAUAGCCUGUUUCACCACGGCCCAUGCCAGACUAGAGCUGUACAAGCUGCUGGAUGGGCUUCAGGAAAGGUGCUUCUACCACGACACUGACUCAGUCAUCUUUGUGAGUAAGAAGGGGGAUUGGGACCCCCCACUGGGGUAUUAUCUGGGGGAACUGACCAGCGAGGUUCCGGACGGAACACACAUCACCGAGUUUGUAUCGGCCGGGCCCAAAUCCUACGGCUACAAACUGAACACUGGGGAGACAGUCCUAAAAGUUAAGGGUAUAACUUUAAAUGUCGCCAACAGGCAAGUCAUUAACUUUGAGAGCCUGAAGGACCUGGUGCUGGAUUACUCUGAAAAUUCGGAUCCUCAGACGCAGAGAUCGAUAGGCGUGGAGCAGUCCAGUAUUGUCAGAGAUAGGAAGAGUUGGCAGAUUGAGACAAGAGUGCAGCGCAAGACACAGAGGUGCGUGUACACGAAGAGGCAGCUAGCGCCCGACUUCACCACGUUACCUUACGGAUAUUAAAGGGCCAUCAUUGGUCCCACAAGCCUGAUAACAAUGUAUGCUGGUGAACUGCCCUUUCCUCAUAUGGGGGUACUGGAGCCCCUCAAACACCAAUGGUGAUAAAUUCAUCUCAUUGGAUAGAGAGAUCUAUACUGAAUCAUUAUGUGUAUGUACAAAUUGUACCAAGAAACCUUUUCAUUGAAGGCGUAUAUCAUCAACGAAUCUCAUACAAAACGUAUUAUACAAUACACCACAAGAACAGAUCUAUGGUACCACGGCCUCUGCACAUAGAUAUCACUGUAACCAGAUUCCUAGAACAGCCUUUCCCAACCUUUAUAACAUGGAGGAACCCUCGAAGUAAUAUCAGGCCUGAAGUAUCCACUAAUAAUAAUUCCGGUACUAAAGCUACACUUCACAGUACAUUAAGGGGAUGGUCAGUGAGAAUAAUGCCCCCUCUGUUGGUGGCAAGUGGGAAGAAUGUCCCUUACAUUGGUGAUCAGUGAGAAGAA